AUGAAUUGGAAUAAAGGUGGACCUGGUACUAAGAGAGGCUUUGGAUUUGGUGGCUUUGCCAUCACACCUGGGAAGAAGGAGGAGCCGAAGCUCUCUCAGCAGUCUCACAGUGCUUUUGGAACUGCCGGUUCUUCUGCUGCAUUUGCAAAAUCAGGACCUCCUCAGCUGCCUUCCUUCUACAAAAUUGGGUCAAAGCGAGCAAAUUUUGAUGAGGAGAAUGCGUACUUUGAGGAUGAAGAGGAAGAUUCCAGCAAUGUGGAAUUGCCGUACAUUCCCGCAGAGAAUUCCCCCACUCGCCAGCAGUUUCAUUCCAAAUCAGCAGACUCUGACAGCGAUGAUGAUCCUCUGGAGGCAUUCAUGGCUGAAGUGGAGGAUCAAGCUGCUCGAGACAUGAAGAGACUCGAAGAUAAAGACAAAGAAAAAAAGAAUGCUAAGGGUAUUCGAGAUGACAUUGAAGAGGAAGAUGACCAAGAAGCUUAUUUUCGCUACAUGGCUGAAAACCCCACUGCUGGUGUGGUCCAAGAAGAGGAAGAGGAUAACCUGGAGUAUGAUAGUGAUGGGAAUCCAAUUGCACCGUCCAAAAAAAUCAUUGAUCCUCUUCCACCUAUUGACCAUUCAGAGAUUGAAUAUCCACCAUUUGAGAAGAAUUUCUAUGAUGAACAUGAGGAGAUCACCAGUCUCACCCCCCAGCAAGUGGUGGAGCUACGUCAUAAGCUAAAUCUCCGGGUCUCCGGUGCUGCUCCUCCGAGGCCUGGCAGUAGUUUUGCUCAUUUUGGGUUUGACGAGCAACUUAUGCAUCAAAUUAGGAAAUCUGAGUAUACCCAACCCACUCCUAUACAAUGUCAGGGUGUUCCAGUUGCACUAAGUGGCAGAGAUAUGAUUGGGAUAGCUAAGACUGGAAGCGGAAAAACAGCAGCCUUCAUCUGGCCAAUGCUGAUUCAUAUCAUGGAUCAAAAGGAGCUUGAGCCAGGGGAUGGUCCCAUUGCGGUGAUUGUCUGCCCAACCAGAGAGCUUUGCCAACAGAUCCACUCGGAAUGUAAGCGCUUUGGUAAGGCGUAUAAUCUGCGCUCUGUAGCUGUCUAUGGAGGAGGAAGCAUGUGGGAGCAAGCCAAAGCCCUUCAGGAGGGGGCAGAGAUAGUUGUCUGCACGCCUGGUCGCUUGAUUGAUCAUGUGAAAAAGAAAGCUACAAACCUUCAAAGAGUCACUUACCUUGUGUUUGAUGAAGCUGACAGAAUGUUUGAUAUGGGGUUUGAAUAUCAAGUCAGAUCAAUCGCAAGCCAUGUACGUCCUGACAGGCAGACACUCUUGUUCAGUGCCACUUUCCGUAAGAAGAUUGAGAAAUUGGCCCGGGAUAUUCUGAUCGACCCCAUUCGAGUUGUGCAGGGAGACAUUGGAGAGGCAAAUGAAGAUGUUACUCAAAUUGUGGAGAUUUUCCCUUCUGGCCCUAGCAAGUGGAACUGGCUGACUCGACGCCUUGUGGAGUUCACCUCUUCUGGCAGUGUUCUCCUGUUUGUCACCAAGAAGGCAAAUGCAGAAGAAUUGGCCAAUAACCUCAAGCAGGAGGAUCAUAAUCUGGGGCUGCUUCAUGGUGAUAUGGACCAGAGUGAGAGGAAUAAAGUCAUUUCAGAAUUUAAGAAAAAGGGGAUCCCGAUACUGGUAGCUACUGAUGUGGCAGCUCGUGGGUUAGAUAUUCCUUCCAUUAAGACUGUCAUCAACUACGACGUGGCUCGAGACAUAGACACUCACACGCACAGGAUCGGUCGUACUGGCAGGGCAGGCGAGAAGGGAGUUGCCUACACUCUGCUGACCCCCAAAGACAGUAACUUUGCUGGUGAUCUUGUCAGGAACCUGGAAGGGGCUAAUCAACAUGUUUCCAAAGAACUGUUGGAUCUAGCAAUGCAGAAUCCAUGGUUCCGAAAAUCACGUUUCAAAGGAGGAAAAGGCAAGAAGCUGAAUAUUGGUGGUGGUGGCUUAGGAUACCGUGAACGUCCUGGUCUGGGAUCAGAAAAUUCUGACCGUGGAAACAACAACAGCGUGAUGAGUAACUACGAGGCGUACAAGCCAUCCACUGGGGCAAUGGGAGACAGGCUUACGGCAAUGAAAGCAGCCUUUCAGUCCCAGUAUAAGAGCCACUUUGUUGCUGCAAGCUUAAAUAAUCAAAAGACUGGUAGCUCU